UAUCAUAAAGUUCAAGAGCGGAGCUCUCUUUCUGAAAGAAAGACGUUUUGUCACCACACCUUGUUUGUUAUUCCACAGUGCAAACCUGGAAGGGCCAACCCUUUUUCAGUUAGGGUUUGCUCAGUAUGCAGAUUCUCCAGAACUAAAACAAAGAAUCAUGGCAAAGCGAUGGAACCUGUGGAUUGUGUGGUGUUUUCAUGUCCUUAAUGUUGCUCCAUUCAACUUGGACACACAGAACGUUCUGCAGAAAAAAGGAGAUGCAGGCUCUCUAUUUGGAUUUUCUGUUGCUUUCCACCAGCAGUUGAGCCCUACAAGAAAGAACCUAUUGCUUGUAGGAGCUCCACGUGCAAAACACCAGAAUCAGUUGAAUAUUACAGGAGUGGUUUACAGCUGUGAUUUGUCUUCAACAACUGAGCGGUGUCAGCCUAUCGAGUUUGACAAUCAAGAGUUCCUUGAUAGUAAAGGCAUACACAACCAGUGGAUGGGAGUUAGAGUCACCAGUCAAGGUCCUGGUAAAAAUGUAAUGAUAUGUGCUCACAGAUACCAGUCCUGGAGCCCAAGCCCGAGCCGUUCCGUCCCUCAUCUGUUAACGGGUCAAUGCUACCUGUUGGGAGAUGACCUCCAGGUUGGGAAGGAAAAGUGGAAGUGGCGGAGGAUUGUGUGCGAUGACGAACACCUAACGAGACGGGCAAAGAACCACCAGUGGUUUGCAUACUGCCAACAGGGUCACGGAGCAUCUUUUGCAAAGGAUAACAGAUCAUUGUUGUUUGGAGCACCAGGAGCUUAUGAGUGGAAAGGAAUCGUACGGAUGGAGUUCUUGGAUAAUCGUAACAUCUUUGCUGAGGCUCGUGAAACUGGGGACAUUACCAAUUUUAAUUACAAACGUAUUCCUCUUCAGACAAACAGCUACUUGGGGUUCUCUAUUGACUCCGGAAUGGCCCUAGUCAAGAAGGGCGAGCUAACGAUUGUGUCAGGAGCACCCCGAGGGGGCCACAGUGGUCAGGUGGCUUUCCUUCAAGCAGACCCUGAUGCACACAGAAAUCUGGCUGUCAACCUUGUUCUCUCUGGGCCAGACCUGGCCUCUUCUUUCGGCUAUGAUGUGGCAGUGGUUGAUCUCAAUGGCGAUGGAUGGGAGGACCUCGCUGUUGGAGCGCCACAGUUCUUUGUGAAAGACGAUGUGAUUGGGGGAGCAGUGUUUAUCUAUAUUAACAACGAAGGGAAAAAUUGGGAGAAGAUUGCACCAAUUCCACUUAAAGGACGCAAAGAUUCGAUGUUCGGUCUGGCUGUGGAAAACAUAGGGGACAUUAAUCAAGAUGGUUAUGGAGAUAUUGCCGUUGGAGCGCCAUAUGACGACUCUGGGCGUGUGUAUAUUUACUGUGGCUCAUCAGACAGCAUCAACACAGAAGAGGCACAAGUCCUCUCACCACAGUCAAAGACAGUGCGUCUCUUUGGAUAUUCUCUUACUGGUAACCUGGACGUGGAUGACAAUCAGUACCCUGAUUUGGCUGUGGGAUCACUCUCUGACUCUGUCUAUGUUUUCAGAGCACGGCCUGUUGUGAGUGUCAAAGCCUCCCUGACAAUAACACCAAAUCAAGUUAACAUCGUAAAACAACGGUGUGAUGAGCAGACAUGCUAUUUUGCAGGUCAGGCGUGCUUCACAUACGUGACACACCCAGCCUCGUUUAAGGCUGAACUGAUGUUCAACUACACUUUUGAGGCUGAUUCUGACAAGACAAAAUCAAGGCCCAGAGUCGACUUUGUGGGGCCUUCUCAAGGUAAACUGAAGCUGUUGAAACAAGGGACACAAAUCUGUACCGGAACUAAGCUCCAACUCCAGCGGGACAUCGGCGACAGGCUGCGUAGUAUCCCCGUCUCUGUGACUGUGUCUCUGUUGAGCUCCAGUCAGGGAACCAGAUCAAGUCUGAACCUGCCCAACGUCCCUCCUGUCCUCAACCACUACCAACAAAGGGCCGCUGUGUCAGAGAUUAUUCUGAUAAACGAUGGAUGUGGCAGGGACAACGUCUGCCAAAGCAACCUGCGCUUACACCACAAAUUCUGCUCCAAAAAGACACAACAUGGUCAGGAGGUUUUCACAUCACUGGUCAGAGAGGACGGUGUGGCCGUCAUCACUCCCUCUGAUGAAGACAUCGCCUUGGAGGUCACAGUGACCAACAGAAACGGGGAGGACGCGCAUCAGACUCACUCUGUCGUCAUGCUCCCAGAUGCGUUGCGCUACACAGCCAUUGCCCACAAAGGGACAGCGGAAACACAAGUGAGAUGCACAGUCAAUGAGAAAGGAACACUAAUCGACUGCGAACUGGGAAACCCACUCCUAAGAGACGCUGAGGUUACGUUUUAUAUCAUACUUACAACGUCUCGCAUCUCCCUGAGCACGAAAGAUGUAAACGUCACCUUGCAGCUCGAAACGACAAGUGUGCAGACUAUACAGCCAGUACACGCACAUGCAAAAGUGGUUUUUGAGUUGGGUUUACAAAUAUAUGGGCAAGCCAGGCCUUCUCAAGUCUCAAUUGGUGAGAACUUGAAGGGUGAAAGUGGCAUAAAAACAGUGGAUGAAAUUGGACCAUCAAUUCAAUAUGAAUUUAGGAUAACAAAUUUAGGCAGACCACUGAAGUCUUUCGCGCAUGCAUCACUGAACAUCUAUUGGCCCAAGGAGAACUCUGUGGGGAAAUGGCUGCUGUACUUGACUCAUACGAGCAGUAAGGGUGUGCAGUCUGUUCCCUGUUCACCUGGAAAGGAGAUCGAUCCACUUCAAGAUAUAAAGAGUUGGGAUGUUCCGUCAAGGCGAAGACGUGAAGCUGAACUUGAGGCUCUUUCUACUGAUGAGUUUAAAUUUCUUUCAACAAGAAGAAAACACAAAACCUUGACCUGCUCAGAUGGCCUCAGGUGUGUGGAGUUAAACUGCCCUCUGCUGGGCCUGGAUAGUACAGCAAUAGUGGUUCUUCAUUCACGCCUCUGGAAUGCAACUAUAUCAGAGGAUUACAGCUCUCUAAAUUACCUUGAAAUUGUUGUGGAUGCUACUCUUACUCUAACCAGCUCUUCAGAUAAUAUUGCACUUAAACCAGAAAGGCUCCAGACUCAGGUAAAGAUGACAGUGUUCCUUGACAAAAAGGCUGACUUACUAAUCAAAGUCGCAUGGUGGAUAAUAUUCCUGACGGUGAUUGCAAUACUGCUGUUGUUGGUGGUUUUUGGCUUUAUUUUGAGGAAGCAGGGAAGCAUCCUCUGCUUGGAUCAUGACAAGAAGCUCUCAAAGAAGUUUGCUCCCCUCAAAGCCUAAGUGGAUUGUGAAGUUUGACAAGUAUGUCACGAACUAGUGAGGUUGAGGCCUCAGCCAUUCUUAGAACCUUUUUCCAUGUAUUUUUUACAAUUCCAAGCUUAGAAUCAGAGUAUUUACUGUUUAUGUACUGUAUUUAUGUUUAUGCAUUUACUAUUGUAUUGUAGACAAAAAAAAACUGCUGAAACCUGGGAAGUUAAAUAGCAUGAAAUGCCUUAGAUAAAAAAAAUAUUUAAAAGUUUGAGUAUAUCAUUUUGUUAAAUCUAUAAUUGACUAACCAAAGCAGAGACGGUCAUUUGUUGCUCCAAAAAGUGGACAGACAUUGUGAAACUGCUCCUGUCAUUUGAUUACACUGAAAAAAGGAAUUGAGAUAUGUACUAUAUCAAUGUGUCUUUUUUGACAAACUUUGUUAAUAAAAGAAAAAUGGG